AUAAACGAAGAAAAAGUCUGACGCAUUUACGAGACUGUGGUCGUGUUUUGAGUGAGAGAUUUCACUGUCCGCCAACGAUUCUGGAUAAAUAAUGUGGUUACGUUGGCGAUAAGACAUGGAAUUUUAAAUGGGUGUUGUCGUUUAGUUUAUCGUGUCUAUUGAGACAGAGAUUUAACUCUGUAAUAUGGAAGCUGAUUAUCAACCAUCGCUAAGUCCAGCUAGAGCUUUGACAGGAAAUGAUACUGAGGAUCCAUACCCAAGUUUAUCCGAUUAUCAUGAUUAUGAACCGAAUUUAGAGUUCGAUGACACAGAGCUUCAAGCAACAGCUGAUACUGCAUGUCAACUACUUGAAGAGAAACUUGAUCUUAGUACAGCUGGUUCAGGAAUUGUUGUUGAUUAUUUAGAAAGUCCUGUAAGUGAUGGAACUAUUGAAGAAAACUUCGAAGAAGCUCUUGUUGAUGCUCCAGUUAUUGAAAAUGCCGAAGAUCUUGCGGCUUUGGAUGGUGAACUUGCGGAUGAGGAAGACUAUAAUGAUAUCGCGAGACUUGGAAUAGUUGAGGUUGUUGGCGAUGAUAGUGCUGGACGUAAAGUUAUCGUCGUUUCAGCCUGUAAACUUCCUGCCGUUGGGAAGGAAGUUUUUAAUCAUGCCAAAUUACUUAGAUAUCUUACACACACGUUAGAUACCUUCGUAGAACAGGAUUACAGUUUAGUAUACUUUCAUUAUGGGCUUACAUCAAAAAACAAGCCUCCUUUGUCAUGGUUAUGGCAAGCGUAUAAAGCAUUUGAUAGGAAAUACAAGAAAAACCUGAAAGCAUUAUAUUUAGUACAUCCAACAAAUUUUAUUAGAAUCGUUUGGCAAAUUUUUAAACCUGCAAUAAGUGCCAAGUUUGGCCGAAAAAUGAUGUACGUUAAUUAUCUAGACGAAUUAGCUCAGCACAUUAACCUUGACCAGUUAAUUAUUCCUCAACAAGUGAUAGAUCACGAUGAACAACUAAUGCUCAAGACUAGAAAAAACCUUCCUACGAGUCCCCCACCAAGUUCAGUGGCAACACCAAUAGCCACAACGCAAUUCGGAGCAAACCUUCAAUUUAUCAAAGAAAACAAUGGAGGUGAUCCUAUUCCACCUAUUGUGAAACAGUGUAUCGAAUUUCUCGAUACUCCAGACGCUUUGGAAACCGAAGGAAUAUUUAGAAGGUCGGCUAAUGUUGCAAUGGUAAAGGAACUCCAAAAUAGAUGUAAUCAUGGUUUAGACGUCGAUUUCCAAGGAGACCCCCACAUAGCUGCUGUUCUCUUAAAAACUUUUUUACGUGAAUUAGAAGAGCCUCUCAUGACUUAUGAGCUUUACGAUGAGAUUACUCAAUUCCAAACUUUGUCAAAAGAUGAACGACCACGUAAAGUGAAAAUAUUGGUUUUAGAAAAAUUACCAGAAGAUAAUUAUCAACUUUUAAAAUAUAUUGUACAGUUUUUAUCCAGGGUAAUGGAUAGAUGUGAUCUGAACAAAAUGACAUCGAGUAAUUUAGCUGUGGUUUUUGGGCCAAAUUUAGUUAGAGCACCACCAUCGGUAGGAAUGUCUCUUUCAGCAAUCGGGCCAAUUAAUCAAUUUAUCGAUUUUUUAUUUGCUUAUCAAGACAAAAUAUUUAUUAUCUAAAGAAUUUGAUUAAUCAAAUAUAUUCUCUCAUGGCCUAACUGAAACAGCCGAGUGAGAAUUAUGUUAUUCAAUAUAAUUCAACAGACUGAUAGUUUGUAUCGAUUCUAUCCGUCUAAAGUCGGUAUUUAUGGUUAGACAAACAUAAACUCCUUGUAGAGUGAUUGAAACUGAAGAAAAAAUCUUGAAAAAGAUGACAGCCAUUACAAUUCAUCAUUGUAGUGAUUGUUAUCCAUUUACAAAUACUAUCUUCGUUUUUAAUUAAUGUUAUAACAUCUUUUUAAC